UACUGUGCUGUUUGUAAGGACUCCGUCAAGUAGAUUGUAUGUUUUAAUUUCUGUUUCAUGACUAGACUGAACAUCAUGCAGUUGUUUGUUUGUGGUCAAACUUUGCACUCUAUUCAUCUGAAUGGAUCAGAGACUGUUGCCCAAAUCAAGGCUCAGAUUGAAGCUUUGGAGGGCCUGGCAUGUGAGGAUCAGAUGAUUUCUGUCUGCGGGGUUCCUCUGGAGGACGAGACUCUGAUCUGUCAGUCUGGGAUUGAGGAGUUCAACACUCUUCAGGUCUCUUCGAGGCUGUGCGGAGGCAAAGUCAAUGGUUCCCUGGCAAGAUGUUUUUGCAUUCCUAAAUAA